CAGUUUUUACAAUAGCUAACUUUACACUGAUGUCUCUGUACAAAACAUAGUGUACAGACCUCCCAGCUUCGCGUUUAUCCAACUCCUCCGACAGCUAGUGAGGAACAGCUUUUAUACGACGACUUUAAAUAUGGAGGAUUUAUUGUGAAGCAACAGGAUUACACACGCUGGACACUUUUCCCGACACGUUUUUCCUCUGGACACUUGGACACUCCUUGUUUUUUGUGCGCUGGAUGUGGACCGAGUUGAACAGGGAUCCCAGCAGACAUUCCCUGGUGGUUUGUGUAUAGGAAAUGGCAACUGCUCUCAGUGGCCGAAACCCUGGCGGACGUGGACCAAACCGAAGUAAAGGUCGGAUUUUAGGCAUCAUUGAUGCCAUCCAGGAUGCAGUGGGACCACCGAAACAAGCUGCUGCUGACCGGCGGACUGUGGAGAAAACCUGGAAGCUCAUGGACAAAGUUGUCCGCCUCUGCCAAAAUCCCAGACUCCAGCUGAAAAACAGUCCGCCGUACAUCCUGGAUAUCUUACCUGAUGCCUACCAGCACCUGCGGCUUAUACUGGGCAAAUACGAGGAGAACCAGAGACUCACACAGCUCAGUGAGAAUGAGUACUUUAAAAUCUACAUCGAUAGCCUUAUGAAGAAAUCCAAACGAGCCAUCCGGCUCUUCAAAGAGGGAAAGGAGAGGAUGUAUGAGGAACAGUCACAGGACAGGAGGAACCUGACCAAGCUGUCUCUGAUCUUCAGCCACAUGCUGGCUGAAAUCAAAGCCAUCUUCCCUGGAGGACAGUUCCAGGGGGACACGUUCAGGAUCACCAAAGCUGAUGCAGCUGACUUCUGGAGGAGAUUUUUUGGAGAAAAGACAAUAGUGCCAUGGAAAGUCUUCCGACAGUGCCUUCACGAAGUGCAUCCCAUCAGCUCGGGUCUGGAGGCCAUGGCCCUCAAAUCCACCAUCGACCUCACCUGCAACGACUUCAUUUCUGUUUUUGAGUUCGACAUCUUCACACGCCUCUUCCAGCCGUGGGGAUCAAUUCUGAGGAACUGGAAUUUUCUGGCAGUAACACACCCUGGCUACAUGGCUUUCCUUACCUAUGAUGAAGUCAAGGCACGACUGCACAAGUACAUCAACAAGCCUGGCAGUUACAUCUUCAGACUGAGUUGUACGAGACUGGGCCAGUGGGCCAUCGGCUAUGUGACCAAUGAUGGUAACAUACUGCAGACCAUCCCCCACAACAAACCGCUGUUCCAGGCCCUCAUCGAUGGCUACAGGGAGGGCUUCUACUUGUUUCCUGAUGGUCGCAGCUACAAUCCUGACCUCACUGGUUUAUGUGAGCCGACACCUCAUGAUCACAUCAAAGUGACACAAGAGCAGUAUGAGCUGUACUGUGAAAUGGGCUCCACCUUCCAGCUUUGUAAGAUCUGUGCUGAGAACGACAAAGACGUCAAGAUCGAACCCUGCGGUCACCUCAUGUGUACUUCCUGUCUCACGGCCUGGCAGGAGUCAGAUGGCCAGGGUUGUCCGUUCUGUCGUUGUGAGAUCAAAGGCACAGAACCCAUCAUUGUGGAUCCCUUUGACCCACGAAAUGAGGGCAACAAGUGCUUCUUCCUGGACCAGCACAGCUGCCCCAUGCUGGAGCUGGAUGAUGAGGAAGACAGAGAGGACUGCCUGGUCAUGAAUGGACUGGCCAACAUCAGGAAGCACUGUGCUGAGCGCCAGAACUCGCCCAUGGUGUCUCCGAGCUCUUCACCUGUCAGCCAACACAGAAAAGCCCACAUAGGAGACCCUGGCCACUGCGGCCAGCAUCUCGGCCUUCCCCCCGUCCCACCACGACUCGACCUCAUCCAGAAGGGUGCCAUCCGCUCCCCGUCUGCCAGUCCCACCGGCUCCCCAAAGUCUUCACCAGGCAUGUCCAGGAAGCAGGACAAGCCUCUCCCAGCCCCACCUCCUCCACAGAGGGACCCACCUCCACCACCUCCCCCUGAGCGUCCUCCCCCCAUCCCCCCAGAGUCACGCCACUCUUGGCUCUCCAGUCCCUCUUCCUUGUCCUCUUCCAUCUCAUCUUCUACCGGUGCAUUGUCAGACUCCCAGAUGCCCCCUGAGACACGGUGUCCCAAAGAGAGCCACUUGUCAGAUGCCCACAGGACUGAAGGGGAACACCCUCUCCAGCUGGGACCAACCGUCCCCUCCCACCUGAACGGAAGACCACUCAGUUGUCCGUCUGCAGGAUUUGGGCGGUUACAUCCCAGAAUGGAGGGGGCAGGAAACUCAGAGAGCUCCAAGCCCUUCUCUAAUGGUGUGCAAGUUGGCGAUGAGUAUGACAUCCUUCCUUCACGGCACUCGCCAACUCAGUCCAUCCAUGCCAGUAGCCACAAAUCCUCCAACCCUUUCAGCAGCCCUGUGGUGGAGCGGCCGCGGGGAGUGAUGGAGAGGGUGGAGGAUGACUAUCAGAUCCCUUCCUCCAAUCUCUGCCUGAGUCAGGCUCCCAUCUGCAUCUCUAUACCCAGCAGGCACUUGGAGAAUGGCUCCCCAGAGCCCUCCAUUGAGGAGAAGAAGUCCAGCGAGCCUGGUGGGCACUCAGAGUCAAACAGGACGGUGGUCGCAGGGGCGACUCACUCUGCCCUCUGCCCCUUCAGCACCAACAAGACACCCUCGGACUAUGACAUUCUGCUGCCCCCCCAAGUAUUAGAAGACCCCUUCAACUGCCGCCCUCCAUCCCAGCCUCCUCCUCCUCCUCCACCACCGGCGCGACACAGCCUCACUGACCUAUCCUCCUCUUCGUCAUCCUCAUCCUGCAACUCCUCCACGUCCGCCUCCUCUGUCAUCGCACGACCACACAGGCCCUCCUCUGGACACGAGCACUCGCUGUUAACCCCCGACACAGUGUUUGACAUGCUGAACAGUGCUGCUCCUCUGCCUCCAGUCAGACGACACAUAGAACAUGUGAAAGGCCCCAGAGGCUGCCCGGAGUACGACCAUUUACCAAGCAGUCAAGUAUCGAUGGACUGUUUGCAGGCCCCUGCCAGGCCGCCCAAGCCACUGCCCAGGAAGAUCCCUCCAGACAUUCAGCCGGGCAAACCCCACAGCCUGGAGUCAGAGAAUGUGGACGCCAAGAUCGCCAAGCUGAUGGGGGAGGGCUACUCCUUCGAGGACGUGAAGCGGGCGCUGAUGAUUGCUCAGUACAAAGUCGACGUGGCCCGAAACAUUCUGCGAGAGUUUGCCUUAGUGGCCCCGAGACUGAACCUCUAGUUGUAGAGACAGUAGAAGGGGAGCACAACAAUGAAGCUGUGCCUCUGAAUGGACUGACUAAAAAGGGCUUCUUCAGUCUGCUUGGCUAUAGACUGUUAGAACAACAAUGAUCGACAGAAACAAAGAAAAAUUUUCAAAAGAGACUUAGCCUUUUGUUGCCGAACAGAGAUGACAACGCACAACAAAGUGGCUGAAACCAAAUCAUGGCAGAACACAGAGAAUCAAUAAAGGGAGAGAAAAAAAAAAUGUCUGUGAAUGAUUUAAACCUGUGAAAAAACGAACCAGGCUUGUUGUUGUUUACAGUGAGCUUUGCUGGUUUUCAAAUGCUCGGAUGGAUGCUUUGUCUCGGGCUUGGACUUUCCUGUUUUAAAGCCCCGAUCCUGCUACUGCUGCUACUGUUCCUUUCACAUCCCGCCACCUUCCAGACUUCAGUUUAAAAAAGGCAUUUCCAGCUCAUUUCAAGCUCAUUUCAGCUUAAAUGCUCUGCCACUGGUUAGGAGUCAUUUUUAUUUACAGCCAUUGGGGGGAGCCAGACUCCACUAUUUCUUUACUCUAACUCCUUCUCUCACUCUCCUCUCUUCAUUGUAUCCUCUUUCACCCUCUCUUCCUUCCCUCGUGUGUCAACCAUUAGAGAAUACUCCACUGUUUGCCCAGAGUCUGGCUGACGUGUAGGUCUUAACAAGGUCUGGUGAGUCAGGAGUGGUUAGAUGGAGCCAGAGGAUGCCUUAUUGAUUCACCUGUUUUCCCCAGCCCAGGAGAAGAGUGUACGACAGUUCCAGAGGAACACUCUUAUUACACCUGGUAUCUUAUUUGGACAAGAAGAGUGAAGAGAGUGGGAGGGUUAGUUUCGCUCUUUGUUUCUGUUCCUAGACCAGAGGAUUAUUCAGUGGGGGCCUUUUUUAAUUACUUUCUUCAUCUGAGGACAGCAAGCCUAUGAAUGUAUUUGUUCUGCAUGAGAGAGCUAUACCUUUGUACACUCUGAGCUCCUCUCAGGCCCAGUUUUACCCUUAAGUGAUUAAGUGGUGGAAAAUGUUUCAUGGUUGUGGAAAAUUAUUCAUUUCUCCAUGUGAAAAGCCAGAUGAUUGUGCCUGCAUUUCAGCUAAAGCUUUUAAACGACGGGAGCUGUGCGGAUCAGCGAGCCAGACGUCGUCCGUUAGAGCCCAGAGACGACGCACUCUGCAGCCGUCACACUGCAGCCUCCUGUCUCCACUUCAAUUACACAGACAUCAUAUGGUGCAAAUGUCCACAUUCCCCACAUGUUUGAGGAAUGGCUCUCAAUCUGAUUUGGAGCAAGAGUCACUUGAUAUAGCUCUGCAGCAAUUAUGCAUUUUUACUGAUGUGGAGUCGUUGUUUGAACACAAUAGAGACAAACAAGAAACUGCAGAGCAUUGAAACUAUAAGAUAUAGUCACAUGCACCAUAACUGUGCAGUACAGGUGAAGCCCCUUACCUCAGAACCUGGAAUCAGCUGUAUUUCUCCCCACUGACUGCAAGAUGUCUCACCAAUGCAUGUAUUGGAUUUGUCAAAAUGUAACAGUAUUGCUUAUGUCACCCAUUUCUUUUUUUUUUUUUUGGAGUAGUAUGCUAAACGGUAGGCUGCGUCAGGUCUGUUAGGGUCAUAAGACAGGGACUAUGUUUACAUGGAGGGAAAACCCAGCUAUUGAUCUCAUGAGGGUUAAAAGAUAAUUCCACUUUAUUACAACUUGGGUCUCAUUUUGCCCAUCGUUGCCAUCAGUUAUAAUAACAUUGUACUCAUUAUAGUAAUUGCUGGGAUCUGGGAACAUGGCAGCAUUGCUACAUCAAAGUCUGACGGGUCAAGAAACAUGAGUAGGUAGACGAUCAGUAUGUUUCCAAACCAACAAUUAAACCAGAUUAUCUAAACCACUUUAUUUUUUUUUUCGUUUUCUCCUCUGCAAACAUUUGUCCAACCUGAGGGUUUGUUUAAAACUUGUAUGAUCAUCUAAUCGCUCUUGUUUCUCGUCUUGUCCUCUUCUAAGUGAUGUCACCAUGUUUCCAGACCUCAGCAAUGAUCUUGGAAGAGUGUAAUGUUAUCCUUACUCAUGGAAAUGAUGGAAACUAUGGAAACAAGA